CGGAAACAAUGUCUUUCCCGGUUGGUGAUUAAUCAAAAUAAAUUUAUAUAUUUAUAUUCCCUCCACUCUAGGGUUUUCUUCGAUUCCCCCGGAACACUAAAACCGUUCGCCGCUGUUCAUUGUGAAAACAUGAAGACGAUACUGUCAUCGGAGACAAUGGACAUCCCUGAAGGCGUCGAGAUCAAAGUCAAGGCGAAGAUUAUUGAAGUGAAAGGACCAAGGGGAACCCUAACUCGCAAUUUCAAGCAUCUCAACCUCGAUUUCCAGCUCAUUACCGACGAAGAGACCGGAAAACUGAAGCUGAAGGUCGAUGCGUGGUUUGGAUCUCGCAAAACCACCGCCGCCAUCCGUACAGCACUCAGCCAUGUCAGCAAUCUAAUCACCGGUGUUACUCAAGGCUUCCGCUACAAGAUGCGUUUUGUAUACGCUCACUUUCCGAUCAAUGCCAGCAUUACUAACAACAACUCUGCGAUUGAGAUCCGUAACUUCCUUGGUGAAAAGAAGGUGAGGAAAGUAGACAUGCUUGACGGCGUUACUGUAGUCAGAUCUGAGAAGGUGAAGGAUGAACUAAUUCUGGAUGGAAAUGACAUUGAACUUGUUUCUCGAUCAUGUGCCCUAAUAAACCAGAAAUGUCAUGUAAAGAACAAAGAUAUCCGUAAGUUUCUUGAUGGUAUCUAUGUGAGUGAUAAAGCAAAGAUAGAAGAAGAAAACUGAGUUUUCAGGGUACCAGAUCAUCUCCCUUCUCAAUCAGAUUGUUUUUUUUGAAGGAUAUAUGAACUCUUAGGUUUGAAGUUUCAAAGUUUUGCGAUACAAAGACUUUAAAGUCUUGUGACGGCUUCUGUCACCAUUAUACCGUUUUUUCUCUGGUUUUGUUUUGAAUGUAGCUUGGUGUCAUUUAUGUUAAGAGGAAGAAAACCGUAGUUUAGCCACCAGUUUGUUGUUCAUUUAUGAACGACAAAUAAACUCACCUUUAUGUCUCU